CUAUCAAAUCAGUCAUUUUCCAUCUUAUCCGUGUAUGUUUGGUUAACAUUUUAACGUAAAUUAAUUUAUUGUAGUAACUUCUCAUUAAAAUUAUAUUAGUUAAGUUUAACACUUCAUGUCCCUUAUUAGAUUGUAAUGGAGUGUAAGGCAAGUGAAAGUAAGAAAUUGUUUCAAGUGUUCGAUGCAACAAAACGUAAGCGUGGAAAAAAGAAAAGGGAAGAAGAGAGCAGAUCCUUAGCGCGUUCCGCUAGUGACUGUUCUACAAGCCAGGGUCAACUUCGUGUGGUGUCAGCUAAAGCCAGUCUACAAGAAACUGUUCCUUCGAAAACUGAUGCUUUUCCGAGUCACGAUGAGAGGACCGCCGACAGUAGCCCGUCACUCCGGUCUCAGAUUUCGCCGCGUCGCCACCGACGUCCCACCAGAAGAGAUAGUAUGUCACUGGCUUUGAAGGCGGGUCUUGUAUCCACGCCCCGUUCGGGCUCGCCACAACGAGACGGCGACGGUACUUUCGAGUCGAUGCCGCAUGAUCAGGGCUCCUUCAUCUACGCUUUCCUAGAAGAAGCUAUCAAAAGGGAUAAGAAGAAGCAACGUCAUGCUCGUCGCCAUGAAGACCGCGAACACGGGGGUCGCGUGCGACCGCCGUCCCCGAGUGAGCGGGAACCCCGCCAACACCGGGACCGUGACCAACGGGAACGACGGGAGCAUCGGGAGCGGGACCAUCGCCACCACCGGCGCCGCGACGAGUCGCCUAAGGAACUUGACAAACCUCAAAAAAUCGAGAAUCCAGCACCAGCUAUUGAUCAAAAUGCUUUGAUUGAAACUUUCGCUAAAUUAUGCGCUACGCUAAGCACGAAGACUGAAAAAUCUCCUAACAAAAAUAUCCAACGUUCGCUGAGCCACAAGUCACUGCAAUGUGAAGGCGUAUCGGGACAAACCUGUAACGAUGUCGACCACCACCCCGUCAAAUUGACUAGUCAUGAAAAUUCGCAAGGCAAUAUACCCUUGUCAUUAGCCCGAAGCCAGGAGGACAAUAGCGGACGAAUUCGUAGUCGAGAUAACGUUGCCACGUCUCACUCGCAGCUAGCACAAGCGAGGGGCAGAAGUUCCUACUGCGUCCCCUAUGACAAAGAAAACACUAUAGGAGAACAGCAACGGCAAAGAGAACAGUACACCAGCAAACUUGAUAUCAGCGGAUCAAAGAUGCACACCUUGGCAGACGAUAGACGACGUGAAUAUACUCCCAGACCUGCUCCCACCAGAAGCGUGCUCAACCAAUCUUACAGGGGUUACAGGGAACACCACCCCAACCGGGAUCCCCUUAGAGAAUGUGACUAUCGUAGAGAUGAUAGAGAAUAUGAUCGCGAUAUAGAACUCAAUAGAGACUAUGAUCGAGUUAUUGAACCUAAUAGAGAAAGACCUUAUGAAGAUGAAAAGAAAAGACUCUACAACCAAACCAGCAGGAGCUAUGAUGUCCACCGGGACUCUUACACGGAGGACGACAGACAACACAGAACUACAAGGAGUGACAAUCAUAGAGAUAGGUGCUAUGACGAAAGACGAUAUGACGACAGAUACCGAAAGAGGUGCGAAGAAAUGGAAAAACGGGAUAAGUAUUAUGAAGACAAGCCGAUUGUUACUCGCGAUCGCAACUACCACAUGUAUAAAGAAAGCAGAGAUCGCCGAAUUAAGAAAAACUUGGAGAGAUUUGAAAGAGCUUCUGUAGUAUCGAGGGACGAGGAAUUUAAAGAGAGGUCUUCUGAAAGAGAAAGGGAUUCUGGCCUUAGUGUUGCUGAUGGUGAGAGUACCGCUAGUGCCCGAAGCAACUACUUAAGAUUAGUAAAGCAAGAAAUUAUGGAGCAAAGGGAAGCCAUGGACAAGAUGAUGAACUUAUGGAAGGAGUUGAUGCGAUGCUUUAAGGGCUAUUCACAAACAUCGGGGGAGAAAACUGUAACUGAAUCGGCGGCGAACAAUGCCCGCGAUUCUGCCGCCGCCCAACUCCGGUUGUGGCGCGAGUGCAUGCGCCGCUACGAGACAGUGGCGCGGGACGUCGGCGACACUGACGCCAGGCUCAUACAGACUACGGAGGAGAUCAACAAACAACGGUCGGAGAUGGCAGAGAUGGCCACCAUGUGGCAGGAGUGCUUGCAGCGUUACCGCGAGAUGAGCAAUGACUUCAACAGCUUCAAGCAGAAGCUGGUGCCGCCGCCAGCUUCAGGACCCGCGAUGGUGCCUCCGGUGUGCGCAGAGGGCGAGGGCGCCGCGCCUUCCGCCUCCUUCUGCCAGCCCACAUACCCGCCGCCGAUCAUCUGCCUUAGCAAAGGUUUAAAUUUCCCAACAAAACAGAUGCCGGCACAUGGUUACGUGGCUGGCUCGCCGGUACGAGCGCGCGCAUCAGCGCCCGCGCCUCCCCCGUGGUGGUGGAACGAACCGGGCCAUGCGCGAGCGCCGCCCGCGCGUCGCUCGUCGCCCGAGUCGCGCGGCUCGUGCGACCGCGACCGGCACCGGGACCGGGACCGCGAGCGCCGUCGACACAAGGAGCGCGAGCGAGACGAUGCGAAAUACAAGGAUAAGUCUAAACCUAGUGCAGCUCGCUCCGAACAUAGACGCAGAAAAAGAUAAUACAAACAUACAACUAUCGACAUAGUUAACUGGCCAUUCGUGAAGCUUAUUGUCGGUCAAGUGUGUCGCUGUUAUCACAUAAUUAUUACACACACCAACAGAAAAUACAAGUAAUACCUACCUACCUACCACAAUUUUUGUAAUAUUGAUCUACGUCGCCUUUUAAUGUAUAAAAAUAAUGUUUUUAGAUGUUACGUUACAAAUUAUGGUAGAGUUGUUAGUUGCACAUUUACUUACCCAUUUACUAUAUCCUGAAUCCUGAACACUUAAAACCCAUUGUUUUAUAAUUUUGACCAUAAUUAUACAAUUAAUUGUACACCAGUUCAUUUUGGUAAACAACCAAAAACCGUGUUAUU